AAAUCUAACAAGAUCCAUUUUGUUUACUUUUUAUUGUUUAGAAUUUUUAUUCAUAUUUUAUAUUAUAAGUCCUUUAUAGUCAUUUUACACAAUCUUUCAUAUUAAAAAGCACUUCUAAUAGUUUUAGAGCCAAACACUCAACUGCUUUUUUUGAAAAGUACUUAUCUAAAAGCUCCAGCCAGAAGCUGUUUCUGCAAAAGCUACCGCAGAGUCAAACUAAGCUAUAACCUAAUUUAUAAUUUGAGCUCGAGACAAUUACAUGCAAACGUUUUUUUGUUUUAAAAAUUAUCCAGCAACCUCAGCUCCACGUGUCACUUUGUCACAGUGAGUCGUAUUAAAUCUGGGGACUUCCUGCAUUCAAUUUGAUGCCAACGGGGCUUCGCCCCCAACAGUCUUAUAUCUUCGGAAACACCAACGGAUCUCGCUUGGAUUCGAAUCUGGGAUCUGCAUCUCCCAAACUUUCACUGUCACGACAACUUACUGUUAACCUAUGCCUAUCUUACCUUUGGUUACAUGCAAACGUUUUAGGAAAUGAAUCAGUUCGAACUCGACUCAAAAAACAAAUUUGUCUACUUCAAUCUCAUAUUGUUAUUGAAAGAAUUGAAUUCGUUUCGACUCGGCUCACUAGUAAACAAACCAAGCUCAACUCAUAUAUUGACGAGCGGCAAUAAAUAAAAUCGUCAAACUAAAAUCGGAUAAUUUACGACUCUACCUAUUACUAAUUCUCUAAGUUCUCUGCUUUACAAUCUUAAAUUAUCAGCCAACACAAGUCCUGACUACGUACGACCAGGUGACUCUAGUAUAACUCUUUUGUCUCGAUAAUACGAAUUAUCUUUCGAAAAAGAAAAAAAAAGCCAGAACAAGUCCUAUCCAUUCGCGAGCCACAUGUUCUUGUUUUGGCAUUACCCUCUACCCAACGACAAUACACAACUGGACACACACCACCAGCCGUUAUCAUUUAUUAAAUGAUAAAAUAUAAUAUUUAAUCAUUUGCAAAACCGAUUGGACCGUUCCUGUAAAUUAGAACAUAUAUGCAAUAUAUUAAUUUGAGACCAAAUUAUCAUUAACAAUAAGUAAUUUAAACCCAUAAUGAAAAGUUCUAACAAAUCAUUCGAAUUUUCAAAGAACAUCUUACAAAAAUAUUAUCAAAUACAAAUAAGUAAUAAGAGUGACAAUGGGUACAUGGAUGACAAAAGUAACAAAUAACCAUACCUGUGUAUAUUUGCUCCAACUGAACUAAUAUAGUAGAGUAAACCCGAGCCGAAGAUUUUUUUUUAAUCAAUAUGAGUAAAAUCCGAACACAAUAUUGUAGGUAAUAAGUGAGUGUGAGUUUCUCACUAUCAAACUUGAAUCUACCCAAUUGUACACUUGUAUAUGAAUUUGAAUAAUCAUAAUAUUUCUCGUGGAUGCGGAGAUGAAAUUGAAUAAUCACUCCCUAUAUGAGUAUGGAUGGGUAUGAUUUUAAAUGUUUGGAGUGGAGAAUAAUUUAGGGAAAACCGGCCCCAAAUCCGUAUCAUUGUAAUCCCGGUCCAACCGACUGCUCCGGUCCGGUUCAGGGUAAAUAUUAACCAGUAAACACAGAGAAUCAAAAUCGAAUUCCCCAAUCGAGAAAAAAAAAAGAAUAAUGAAAUCGAAAAGAUAAAGUAACGGAAAUAACUGAAAGAGUGCGCAGGAUAGAGGGAGGGAAGGAGAGAGAUGGUGGAGAAAGAAGCGGGAGAGGAUGACGGUGGCGCCACCACUGCCGCCGCCGCCGCCGCUUCUUCUUCCAUGAGCUUCGACCUUCCGGAGGAAGUACUGCAAGUUCUGCCGUCGGAUCCAUUCGAGCAGCUUGACGUGGCCCGCAAAAUCACCUCCAUCGCCCUCGCCACACGCGUCUCCUCCCUCGAGGCAGAAUCCUCCUCCCUCCGCGCCCAGCUCGCCGACCGCGACAACCUCAUCGCCGACCUCGAGUCUCAAAUUGAAUCCCUCGACGCCUCCCUCUCCGCCGCCUCCGACAAACUCUCCCUCGCCGACCAAGAGAAGGAUAAAUUGUUGAGGGAGAAUGCUUCGCUGUCCAGUAAUGUCAGGAAGCUCCAGCGCGAUGUCGCCAAGUUGGAGGUUUUCAGGAAGACGCUAAUGCAGUCUCUUCAAGAGGAUGAAGACAGCUCUGUGAAAAGCACUGGUGGCGGAGGAGGCGCUGCUGUAGGAGCUCAUCAUAUCAUCGCUAAGCCAACACCUAGUGAGGAUGAUACAAUGUUGCCGCCUUACAGAUCAUCUUCAACGGCGAGCCAGUUCUCAGAAGUGGGGAGCUCUUAUGCCGAGGAUCGCAGCUCAGAUGCAUCAAGGCCUAGUGUUUCGAUGUCGAUGCUGCUAGCAUCUCAGACAAGCACACCGAAGCUGACACCGCCUGGCUCUCCUCCGAGCUUUUCAGCUAGUGUAUCUCCCACAAGAUCCUCUAAAUCUGCUUCACCAAGGCGAAGUACCAUGUCAUUUUCUACCUCGAGAGGGAUGCCUGAAGACAGGUUCUCUUCUCUCCCACCAAGCCAGUACAGUUCCGUAUCGAGCUCAGACACUGCAUCACAGACUGGAAGAGCUCGAGUCGACGGGAAAGAAUUCUUCCGCCAAGUUAGGAGUCGUUUGUCAUACGAGCAGUUCGGUGCAUUUCUGGCUAAUGUCAAGGAAUUGAACUCCCAUAAGCAAAGCAAAGAUGAAACAUUGAGGAAGGCAGAGGAGAUUUUUGGGUCGGAGAACAAGGACCUUUACGCCAUAUUCGAAGGACUGAUCUCUCGAAGCAGCGUUCAUUGAAACACUCCCAUUACCAGGUUCCUGUAUCCAGAUGUUGUGUUCUUGCCCCCGUCCCACAUUUUUUCUUCUCGGGUGUAAAUUCUUCGUCAUGUACACAACUCUCCUCUCCUCUUCUCUGUCUUUCUCUCCACUUCCAUCGAUUAUGCGCAUGUUGUAUUACUUCACUGACUGCUAAAUUUUAAGCCUGAGAAAAGGAUCUCUCUGAUAUUGGACGAAGGGAUACUUAAUAAUAAGUUAUUUUAUAAGGGGAAUUCCCUUUUCGCUGCAGUUUGCUUCGAGGUUUGGAAUACAGAAGGAUUCGAGGCUGUAAGUAUGAUAAUGAAUGAGGGUUAGUGCUUUGAUUAUUCAAUAAUAGACAAUUAGCAAACGGUAACAAGAUUGUGAUCAAGUCUAAGUCAGGCUGUCUGCACUUUCUUUGUGUUCCCAGUUGAGAUCUCUACUGCGUAUUGCUUCGGUUUGCUGAAGUUCCUCCUUCAAAACAGCUUUCUCACUUUUGACAGACUGAGGCUAAGGCUUUAUGGGAAUCUAUUAUCGGUUUCAUAACUUUCAUCAAUCUACGUUCACAUUUCUUCAAAGACAACCGAUUCUCACUUAUGCAUUGAUCUAAAUAUUACUGGUUAUUGGACUUUAUUUUAAUUCACAUGAUUUUAUUGUAAUUAGAGGCUUAUUGUGCACUUUUUAUUAUUAAUGUUGGUGAGUUGAUAUGCUGAUUCAGAUAUUUGGAUGAAAAAUUUGACAACCGGAUUAAGGGGUCGUUUGGAAGUUGCGAUUGGAAGUUGCGAUGUUAAUGUAUUGUUGCGAAUGCAUGUAUAAUAUUAUACAUGUAUUGUCGAAUUUGAUGCAUUGUAAAAUACAACGUUUGGUAUGUGUGAUUGUAUAUGUAUGUCACAUUAGUUAAAAGCUGAGACAAAACAAUUUCAACUCAACUAUCUCAACAAUCGAAAUUAAAACUUUAGAUAUAACAAUUACUCAUUUUGAGUGACUGUUUCUGUCACAUCAUAAAAACAAUCCACGUAUUUUUUUCUGUUUAAAAAAAUGAUGCAUUUCUUAACAAUACAUGUAUAAUAACAAUCUCACUAAAACAAUCGCGCAACUUCCUAACGACCCCUUAGUGAAUAUUAUGUAGUAGAUAAUCAAAGUUUAGUGAUCGAUUUGUCGACGAAUCCAAUUAUUUAGUGACUGUUUUGUGCAAUUGUUCGAUACUUAAUCCAUCCAUAGGGGUGUGCAAAUGUUUCGGUCUGGGACCGAGUAUAAUGCGGUCUGGUCCUUGGUCCACAUGAAUUUUACAAUCACCGAAGAAAUGAUGUACCAAACUGAUAUUUAGACUGGACUGAACCGAACCAAAUGAAUUUGAAUGCAAUGAUGGUCCGAUCCUUGGUCCUAAAAUGUCUUUCACUAAUUUCACAUGAGUUUGAUCCGCUCCGGUCCAUUUCUCUUCUAUGAAUUAGGCAGAAAUCAUUUCCAGCUAAUCAGACGGGCCCAAUAAGUUUUUUCUUGCGGG